UGGGGCCCGAAGCGUCGUCCGGCGUAUUUUUGCGUGAGUUGGCCCACGUUGAACCGAGAAGAUAUUAGUGUGAUCGACGCGCACCAUUGCUAACUGACCCGACAAUAACGCGCCCGCGACUUGGAAGUAUCAUCAGAAAAUUUUUUUUCAAUUGACUUAGCCCACUCCGAUAAUUCGAAAUUGUGAUGUCACAUCAUUGGGGAUACUGCAACGAAAAUGGACCAGAAACUUGGUUGGAUCUAUAUCCUGCAGCAAGAGGUGAACAUCAGAGUCCUGUUGACAUCAAACCAGUAGAUCUCAAAUUGUUGGAUAGCAAUAAGAAGUUAGAAUGGCAGUAUACACCCGAAAAAGUGAAGGAUAUACGGAAUACCGGUCAUGCUUGGCAAGUGGAUAUAAUACAAGGAGGAUCAUCUCUAUCCGGGGGACCUAUGAAAGGAAAAUAUGAACUGGCCCAAAUUCAUUGCCACUGGGGUGAAAAGGAUGAUGAAGGUUCAGAGCACUCUAUAGAAGGAAAAAAAUUUGCUGCAGAGUUGCACAUGGUUCACUGGAAUUCCUCAAAAUACUCUUCUUUAGAAGAGGCUGCAGAACAUCCUGAUGGAUUUUGCGUGUUUGGAGUAUUCUUGAAGCCUGGGGCAAAACAUGAAGAACUUGAUAAGAUAGUAGCCCAACUACCAAAAAUUCAAUUCAAAGGUCAAAGAGCAGAAUGCCCAGCUCUAAAUCCUGCUAAUUUGUUACCAAAAGAUAUGAGCUACUACACGUACUGUGGAUCGCUUACCACUCCACCCUGCUUAGAAUGCGUAAUAUGGAUUGUAUUCAAGGAACCCAUCGAAGUUUCACAAGAACAGUUAGCAGCCUUCAGAAAUCUGAAGUUCCAUCCACAAGAAGAGGACUGUCCCUGUAAAGACUGCGAUGGGUCAAUCAAGGCUAACUCGAGGCCAACCCUACCUUUGGGCCCACGAGAAGUUCUUGAGGGGUGCUGAUAUGUUUGAAAUAAUUGAAAACUGAAAAUAUACAGUUUCAGAAAUAGCACCGUGUUUGGAGAAGCACUGAUUAUUUUGAUACACAUAAUUAAAUGUUUUAUUGAAGAUGUAUAAUUCUGAGAGCAAUCUCCAUGACAGUUUAUAAUUUAUUACUUGAGAGUACAAUAGAAGAGUUACCUAUAGAUCAACAAUGUGACAUAAUGAAUAAAAGUUUUCAAAUAC